AUGUCGCCCGCCCGCGGCCUCCGCCUCUCGUACCUGCGCCACUUUAUCAACAGCCAUGGCGGCGAGGCCCGCUUUGCCGGCAAGACGACAGCCCAAGUCUGCUUUGAAUUUGUCGUGCCGUUGACCAAACCAUCCGAGCUCUCGCUCGUCGACCACGUCGCCAACGAUCCAACGACUGCCGCCUACGUCGCGCCAGCCAACUGGUAUGUCUCGCACGCGUGGAUGUACCUCUUCUUGGAGACCGUCGACAGCCUCGAGCGCUUCUUCGCCGACCGCGGUCUCGCCGACGACGCGGUCAUUUGGUUUUGCGUCUUCAACAACAACCAGCACCUUGCGAGCUCGUACACGUUCGAGUACUGGUCUUCUACCUUCAAGAACGGUCUCGCAGCCAUCGGCAACGUGGUCAUGAUCAUGCACCCGUGGAAUGACCCGAUCGUGCUUCGGCGAAGCUGGUGCGUCUUUGAGGUCUACGUGGCCGUGACCAUGGGCGCGCGCUUUGAGAUUGCACUGGCGCGAGAUCAAGAAGCCACGUUUCUCGAUGACAUCGACGACUUUGACGCGUUCAACAAGAUGCUGGCGACCAUCAAGAGCGAAGACUCGGAGACGACCGUGCCAAGUGAUCGCGACGGUAUUUUCGAUUUGAUUCGCGCCGAGACGUCGUUCAUCGCGGUUGACCGGCUCAUCUUUUCGACCUUGUCGUCCUGGAUCCGGACAACGCUCGAAGCAUCGAUUGUAGCAACGGCGUCGCUUGUCGAGAAGGCCCGGCGGUGGCGGCAGCUCGGUCUCAUUGCCGACAACCUAAACGACUACGCUAAGAGCGAGCGCUGCUUCCGGGAGGCGCUGACGUUGAACGACCACGUCCACGGGCCACUCGAUGCUGAGACGCUCAUGCUGCAGUCGCUGGUCGCGUUUGCGAUGGGCCACCAGCGCAAGCUCCGAUCCGAGUGGGAGCCAUUGCUUCGGUCAACGCUCGCUCUGGCGUCCGAGCACCUUGGCGAGACGCACCCGUAUACGCUGGCAACGCGCAGCAACUUGGUCAAGUCGCUCGGGCAGUUUGGCGAUUUUGCGGCGGCGUUGCCGUUGGCACUCGAGGACUUUGAGCGACGGCGGUCGCUGCACGGCCUCUCGGAUUUGCGCACGGCCCACGUCCUCUCGGAGAUCGGCAAGAUCUACAUCCACCUCGCCAAGCCCCGACUGGCCAUGCGCUGGCUCCGCAAGGCGUUCAGCAUUCGCGAAGCGCUCUCGGGGCGCGAGCACGCGUCGACAAUGGCCACGCUCUCCCUGCUCGUCGCUGCGCUUAUAUACAUGGGGGCCGCCGCCGAGGCCUCUGUGCUGGCAAACGAUGUCGCUGCGUCGAGAGCUCGGACGCUCGGGGCCGAGCAUCCCAAUACACUGGAUUCGCGCUUGAACGUGGCAGCCUGUAUGCUCAUGACGGGCGAUGCAGCGACGGCGGUGCCAGCGCUGCUGUCGCUGCAGACGUUGUUUGAAGCACGACACAACCUUGCGCCGUGGCUCCCGAUUGUCCACCACAACUUGGGCAUUGCGUACGCGAUGCUCAACAAGACGGAUCGCGCACGCACGUAUUACGUCCGCCUCUUUCAAAACGUGCAAACCAAGUACCACGCAUGGCUGCUCUUCGAUUUUGCCCUUCGCUUUGCACUGACGUCGGCGACCGAGGACCUUGCCCUCGUCCGCGACCAUGUCGAGUCGACGACCGAUACGGAGCCAGAGACGUGGCUGGAGAGCUGCAUGGAGUGCUAUCGGCCGAUCAUCGGCAGCAGCGUCGCCUGUGCGGUGUGUCCGCAUGACAUUUUCAAGUUUUGCACCCGGUGUCGAGAACAGCGACCGUCCCGACUGAAGCGUUUUUGCCGGCACGACCUUCAAGCGACAAGGUGGCGACGGACGGUGCCACCGCGCCGGUUCUUCUAUGAAGAGGCGCUGCUGCGUUCGACGGGGAUGGCAGAUGACUAUGACGACGUCGAGCUGCUCUUUCAGAGCUACGAGACGUACUGCAAUAGGCACAAGGUCCUACAGACAGAGCGCCUGCCGCGGACGGCGAUGCCGACGUUGAACCGCGGGUGGCACCCCCUGUAGUCUUGCGAUGGAAGACCAAGCAAUACACG